ACAUUCACAAAAUGGCGAUUCCCUGUUCAAUUGUAGGUACUGUCCAUGGUGGUUUAAAACGAACUACCCAUGUCAUAUCUUAUGACAUAUAACUGCAUUUUUAUUCAAAAAGUAAUAAUGGGCAGACUUAGUAUAAGUCCAUAGAUAUAAAGGGACGAUUUAUCAAGGGAUGGGGAAUUCUAGUUAAUUUAUUGCCUAACUAAGCCGCUAAUCCGACCUGAAACUAAAAUACUAAAACCUAAAUUAAAUGUUUACACUAUCACUAACUUACUGAUUCGUAAUAUUUAGACUUAAUUUUAUAAUUAAGUUAGUAACUUGAGAGUAAUUACCAGCUAAAUCUGAGGAUGAAUGCCACGGCGUCUUUUGGGUGUUUAUUAUAGUUGGUGUGAAUUAAUUAGGGUUUAAGUUUAGGCUUAUACUUAUGGCUAUGGCUUAGGUUAGGUUGAGGGAUCGAUUUAGGGUUCAGGUUAGGCAUAGGGAUCGAUUUAAGGUUCAGGUUAGGCAUAGGGAUCGAUUUAGGGUUCAGGUUAGGCAUACUGAGGGAUCAAUUUAGGGAUACAUCCGUGAAAUUCGAUAAAAUAGUGGCAUUCGUCCUCGUAAUUUACCUAACUAAAUAAAAUAAAACGAAAUUAAGCGCUGUAUAAUUCAGUAUAAGUUAAGUUAACAGAAAAUUAUCAUAAUUUAAAAUAUCUACCCGACCUGGAUUAUUAAUGUCAAAUUAAAGUAUUGUUUAAAUGCCUUCUUAUUUCAUUCUAAAACACAAGUUAGCAAAUAUUUUGAUGUAAAUAUUGGUAAUAAUUGAAUAUUUCCUAAAUAUUGGCAUCUUCCACCAUUAAAAAGGGUAAAACGUUUUCUGCCUAUUAUAAAUGCAUUUAAAUGCAGUUUGUGAAUGUGAGAACAUUUCCACCAUUGUUAAUGUUAUAAAAUCUUUUCCCAUUAUGGCAUAAUAUUUUGUGAUGUCCCAAUAACCAGAUCAAUAAAUUUAAAAACAUUUAUUUUUUACUUUUUCUUAGCUAUUUAAAAUAAAAAGCUAGGUACCUAGUUAACUUAGACAAAAAUUGAAAUUUGUCAAACACUAUUUCAUAUAGGUAAUUCAAACCUGUUCAAUUUAUGUAGAUGGAUACUUUCAAUUUGCUCACACGCUCAUCAGAUGAGACCAAACAAGUUUCUUCAAGUUUGAGACAAAUUGGCUGUUGUGAAAGAUGUAUUCUUAGAAACCUAGGAGAAUUAAACCCAACUUCUUACAAGUCAACACCUCAGGUAAAAGUAAAACAAAUAAUCAUAACUAAAUGUAAAAAAAAUCGUAUUUAAUAGUAAAAAAAUUAAGCAUAUUUAAAAGUAAAAAUAUAAUCGUCUUUGAAAUAAUUUUGGUCAGGAUGUCAGUAGUAAGAGUGGGUGUGCACUUAUCAAGUUACCAGCCUGUCAGGUUGAUUAAAAUUAAUUUAGACUUAGAAAUUUAGAAUUAAAAUAUGAAAGUCAUUUUUCUUUAUUACAAAAUAAAUUGAGUUAAUGAUAUAAAUUGGAAAUAUAUUUUAUAUGUUACAUAUAUGUUUUUUUUCUCCAAACAUCUCUUUUAGGAAAUAGAAAGAACUUUAUUGCCUGAGGAACUGUGGUCUUCCUCAUCAGUAAACCAAUGUCCAUGUCCGAGUUGCCUUGGCAUUCUCCAGCAGUUUGCAGAUGAUGACUAUCUACUAAAGGUACAAAAUGUGUUUCAAAAAUCCUUUGGAACUGUUUUUCUAAAAUUGUAUUUCAACCACUAUAAAGCCAUAGCCAUAGCAAAAUAGGUAUUCAAAUAAUUUUUGUAUUUUGCAGAUUCUGUCAAAUGUGCAAAAGGAUGGCUAUCAAUUCUCAAAUUACCAAUGUUCGCUCAUUUUGCCAGUGUCACUACUUGUGCGUCAGAAAGCUUUAUUUAUAUUCUUGCAAAAUAAAUUUGGGUAAGCUUUGACUUGUUAACUGAAAAUUCUAUUUUUUCCCACACUGGGGUGAAUAAAAGGUAAUCUUCACUCUUUUGUGUGAAGAUAAGGAAUGGGUAGCUUGUGUAUAAACUAUUUAAUGUGUAUUAUUUCACAAGUUAUUCUUGAUAUUAUUUUUUAACAAAAGUAUUUUUAAAAAUGUAAAACAGAAUUUUUCUUUUAAUGUUCACAGUAAAUAUUUAAAAAAAAAUUUUUUUUUACUCAUUAGUGCACAUGAUCUUUCUGUAACAUUUUUUUGUUCUUGUUUAUUCUGAUUAUAGCAACACAUAUAAAGGUCAUGAAACAAAAAUAGCAUCAGUGAAAGAUGUUUGGAAAUGGAGUUGUGGCUUUAGACUUGGUCAGCUUUUGGGAGCCAACUUUCAGAACAGGGUUUGGGAUUUUUGGCUGUUAUCAAUAAUUUUGAAAUUGCGAAUAAAGGAAUCUCAAAUUGCUCGCUCUAGACAGUGAUUUACUACAAUAGUGAUUUAAUAUGGAUAUGCUGUAAAGAUCUUUUUUACUGUUUACUUCACCAUUAGAAAAUGUUACUUUCUUCGAGUAAAAUUAAUAAUAUUUGUUUAAAAUUGUGAUUUUUUUUAAAAAUAUGUAUGGAAUUCCUUUUUUUGUUCUUUUCUGCUGCAUUCUCAUUUAAAAAAUAAAACCAAGUUAUAUUUUUUUUUGCACAUUUUAGAGUGAGUUUGACAUCCUGAUGACAUUCACAUACAAGGACUCUGAUAAAGAAUGUGCAUUUCUGUAAGUUAAAAAAAGCACUGACCUGAUUUUCAAAACACUGCACAUAAAAAAGAAAAUUACAAAUUGCUUUGUUAAACAAACCUGUCUAUUGAGAUUGUUUUUUUCUCUUUCUUUUGUUAAGGUAAUGUCUCUUGUUAUUUAUAUUUUAAAUUUUCCCUUUAUUUCUCCAUUAUCAGCUUAGAUCAUUUGCCAGACACAUUUAGAAAAAGAAAACAGAGAAAGGUAAUUAGUUUAUAUUUUAGCAGUUGAAUAAAAGAGAUGCUGCUUUUUCAUCAUCUUAAAUCAAGUUAACUCUUUCGCUGCGGAACAAGGUACACUGCGUUCAUCCCCCGUUCUCAAAAGCUCGGACAAAUGCGCUGCGCGUUGUUUCAAUAUCAUGUUUGUUUCUUUGCUAUUUCUUGAUUAAACUUUUUAAGAGCUAAUUUUAAAUAAGACGCUUAAAUAGAAGAGUGGUACUUCAUUGUUUAUAAGCGAAAACAAGGUUUAUUUGUUGUCAUUUGAAGCAUUAUUUUAAUGAUUUUCUUCGGUAUUUUUUUCUACUGGAGCUAUGGCUACCCUAGGUCCUAGUAGGUGAGUUUCCUUGACGAUUAACAGCUAAAAAUGCUUUGAAAUUGUUUUAUACUAUUUCUUUUGAUAGUGAAGAUGUUUAAUAUUUAGAUCCAUCAUAUUAUUCAGAUAAUAGUAGUUUUAGAGGAUUUUAGAGAUAGAAGUGAAGAUGAGGUAUGCCUACAUUAUAGGAUUUGGGAAAUAAUAGUUAACCAUAUAAUGAUUUAACAUUUUAUGAUUCUUUUCUGUAACUUAUUUUAUUUAAACUGAAGAAAUACAUUUAAAAACAUAUAGUCCUUUUAAUUAUCUUUCAUUUGAUACCAAGUUUUAGUCUUAUAAACCAAAAAAUAAUAUUUUACAUAUUUUUUAAUAAAUCCAAUCUCUCUCUCUUUUUUGCUCUUCGAAAAAUACUGUACAUUUUUUCGAUAAAAUUAUUCCGCAGCGAAAGAGUUAAGCAUUUGAACGAAACAAUUGUUUUUCUAUAAGGAACACAAAACUAAAGAUGUAUCUAUGCAGAAUAUGCUUAGAAAUAAUAACACUACUAUAUCCUAAAAUGAUUUAUUUUUUUUAUUAUUUCCCUUAGUUUUUUUAUUCCUAUUUGAAUUUCGACUUUUGUUUUUUCACCCAAGUAGGUGUUGCGUAUUGCAAUCAGCAAUUAAUGGAAGGAUUAGAUUCAUGGUUUACACAAUUUGAAAAAAAAAAUUUGUUUAUGACAUACGGGUAGUUAUUAAUUUUUUGUGUAAUGUUUAACCCAUGCAGUCAGUAAAAUUUAUGUUCAAAUAUUAGAGUGAUGAAUAUGUUUUGCUCUAUUGUUUCACAGUUUGGCUUUGAGACAUUUACAAGGGCCAAUGUUGCUAAAGCCCUCGACAGCAUGAGUGAUUCUAAGCUUGAAGAGUAAGAUACUUGCUUGUCUAUUACCUAUAUACCCUGUUAAAUUUAAUUGUGUGAAACGCUGCAUUUUUUUGUUGUUGCCCACUAACAUUUCUAAAAAUUGUAAGCUGAACAUUUAAAAACUUUUCAGCUGUGUUACAUGCCCACCGGCUGUUCCUACGACCGAAUGUGUCUGUGAUGUAUCCUGCAGCCAUGAUGCUGUUUUCAUAGCUGGUGAGUUACAUGUAAACCCAACAAUUUUAUUUUAGGUAUUUUGGGAUGAAAUCAUUUUGUAAGAUUAUUUUGUUUCACUCUUUCCAACAGGCUUCUUGAUGUAGACACAAGAUUAAAUAAAAACACUGGCAAAAGGAAGGAAUUCCAUUAAAAGUUUAAAAAAAACUUUACUCCAUUAACUUUCGGCUCUAAUGCACAAUAUGAUGUUUAUUUAUGUCACAGGUCGUUACCAGAAGUACAGCCGAGAACUGAGCCAAACACCUUGGAUGAUUGAAGGGAAACGAAUCAUGGAAGGAUCUGUGCAAGAAAUAAUUUGUGAACCUAUCAUCGAAACCUUCAAACCAACAGGUAAAAAUUAACUCACAAUGGUAACCAUAUUCGUGUUAUGACAAAAUGUUUCAGACUGUUCCCAUUCAGAUUAGGAAAAACACAAAAAUGCUUAUUUAGUUAUUUGCAAAGCAAAUUUUGCCAGCAUUUUUUGUCUAUUUUGUUUAUAACUUGAUGAGCUUUAGAAUUUAAAUUUAAUCCCAGUUUAUUCUCUCACUUGUUUACACUCUUAUAUUACAUCAAUUAGACCAUGGUUUAGUUCCUGUUUACAAGAAGUAAAGGGAUUUGUAAAAAAUUGCAUUUUUCUUUAAAGAUGUGUUAUUUCUUUUCCAUCUUAACCACAGAUCAUCGCCUGUCCUCCUCUGGAAGAGAAGAUGUGGAUGUGCGAAUGUUGGGGAUUGGUCGGCCAUUUGUUGUUGAAUUAAUAAACCCACAUUGUGUCAAGUUUUCCAAAGAAGAUUUAGUCCAACUUCAAAAAGUACUGCUUCAUUCAUCUUGCAUCAUUAUUAUAGUUUUUUUUCUUUGGUCUUUAAGAAUUUAAUAAAUGAUUUAAAAUGAAUAGUUUUAAAAUUUUGCAACCCAUCCUUUAAGUUGAAAAAAAAAUGUAUAUAUUUUUCUUACAGAGGAUCAACUCAGUGUCAAAAGAUGUCAAAGUGAGAGAUCUACAGAUUGUGACUAGGUAAGUUUUUUUAUCAACUUGCAUUGUAUUAUGUAGCAUAGUCCCAAAAUGUGAUGAUUUCAAAUAAUCUAUUCCUAAACUGUGCAGCGUGUCACCCUGGUGCUCUGUGGCUAGCUUACAGGGGCAGCAGUGAAAACCUUUGGUUCAAAUAUGUAACAUAAUACCUUUUUGCAUUAACUGUCUUGGAAUUCAAUAUACAUUUCAUCUAUACUUUUUGAACUUAAAUAACCUAAAAGUACUGGUAGGCCUGUGUACUGACUUUGAGCACUGUUAAAAAAAAAAGCUGAAAAAGUUUGAGGGCCACUGCUAAUAAAUUUCUGUAUUUUACAUUGAUAUAAACAAAAAUCAUUCCUCUGCUUUUAUGUAUUUUAAUAAAUUUGACAUACAGUUGAUGUAAACAUCCUUUCUUAGGGAGGACACCAACAACCUGAAAGAAGGAGAAAUCGAUAAAACCAAAACCUACAGUGCCACAUGUUGGUGUGAGAGAGAAAUAACUGACAAAGAUAUGGAAAUGCUUGGUGGAAUUAAGGUUUGUUUUUUAACCUUUGUAAAAUAAAUUGUCACACGAAAAUAUUUAGAUAAAUUUGUAAAUUAAGUAAUAAAUUGUCACACCAAAAUAUUUAGAUAAAUUUGUAAAUUAAGUAAUAAAUUAUCACACCACAAUAUUUAGAUAAAUUUUUAAUUUAAUUAAUAAAAUUAUAACUUUUGAUACCUUGAACAAAAAAAUAUUUAUAAUGUUAAGCCAGAAGGAACAUGCCAUAGUCACCCAUUAGGUGGUCAACUUUGUUAUAUGUUCUAUACUAACUAUUUAAUAUUUGAAAAUCAAUUUUUUUUUGUUUGCCUUUGUGAGAACUUAUUUUAAAAAAUGUUUACUUGUUAAAGGAGAAAGUUUUUCCAAGCUUAUGACUAAAAUUUUCAUGUAUUAAAUUUUACACCCAGGAUCUGACCUUACAACAAAAGACACCACUUAGAGUUCUGCACAGGAGAACAGCUGCUACCAGGGAGCGCAUCAUUCAUUCCCUUCAUGUGGACAAGCUCACAAGCUGCAGGUUCAAACUGCAGCUUACCACACAAGCAGGAACGUAUCCUUACACAUGAAUUGCAUCUUGCACUUUGCAGUUCCAAAAGAUAGAAUGGUUUUAACACCUAAAAUUGAUGAUUGGCAAGCUUUUUUUUUAAGUUGUAGUUUUAUAUAGAUUGAUGUUUUAAUCUGUGGUGGAAAAAAUCUUGACUGUUGCCUUUAUUAAAUACAUUAACCAGCUGUGACACAUUUUACCAAAUAGCUUCUUGGUUGGAAACACAGUCAUUAGUUUUAAAAUAACUAAAAUGCUUUUUUAUUAAAUGUCAAAUAAAACACUAUAAUACGAUAUAAGAAAGUUCUUGCCUAAGCACAAUUAGAAAUAACUACAGGAUAUAAUUUCUUUUCAUACGAAUUUGAAAAUUGAGUCAUUUUUAUUCAUUAAAAUUUUCUAAUAUUUAUCACUCAAUUUUAUAACUGAAAAGCUUAUUUUUAAAAUUCUAUAACCAAAUAAUAGCUAUGUGAAAGAAUUUGUCCAUGGAGAUUUUGGUCGUACUUCACCCAACAUGAUCGAACUUUUGAAAGCUGAAUGUGAUAUCAUAGAUUUGGAUGUGGAGGUAAACUAGUAAAAUGAUUUCUUUUUAACUUUUAAAUGCAAUGUUUUUAAAUAUUUUAACAUUUAAAAACAAUAUUCAUUGUUUAAAUCACAUAUAAUUUUUAUGAACUAUUAAAGAAAAAACAUUAAACUUUAUUAUAAUUGUGCUGCAUGAUAAGAUCUGAAAACACUUACAUUUUUUGGUCACAUUAAAUGCUAAUUCAGAGAAGGCAUAUCAGAAACACUGGUCUAGAAACUGAAUAUUUUGGAAAUUUCUAACAGAUAAAAGAAAACGUGUGUCCUGCUGUAAAUGGGGAUUUUUUUUUUAAUGAUUAUAACAAAUUUUUAAAUAGAAAUUUAACAGGUGCUGUGUAAUUUUAUCUUCCAUUGUGUCUUCCAUUGACAAUUUCAGUCAGUGAAUGUGGAAUGGCCACCACUGAUUGACCCAGUGCAAUCAGACAACCGUAACUUGGAUGAUGAGAGGAACUCGCAGGACAGCCAGCCCCUUUUGAUUGACAAGUGUGUAGACAAGUUGCAAAGCAGUAUUAGUGUGAAUGGUCAAAAUGGUGCUGUGUUGGAAAAGUUGGCAGACAAACAGCUCAUAACUGGUGAAAUGAAAAUAGAAUAGAAUGUGGUGUCAAGACUGAAAUCAAGCAUGAAAAGAUAAUCCCAGAUAAUAUCAUGCUAACUACAAACAGUUCCCCAAAUAUGGAAGCUUUCACAAAAGGUGGAGAUAUGGGUUUUGUGGAGUGAAAAAUGUCCAUUAGUUUUAAUCAUUGUUGUCAAAGGACAAUUUUUGAUUUAGCAGACAUUAAAUAUUUUAACAAAACACUUCUUUAAUAUUUUUGUUUCUUUUUCAAUAGAUAUAACUUGUUCAUAAUUUUAGAAAAGAUCAAAAUAACACCAUGAAUAUGAUGAAAAUAUGAUAAAUUUAAUAUAGCAAAGUUCAAAUCAACAAAUAUUUAAUAUGAAAACAAAAAAAAUUUAAAAAGAAUUCGUUAGUUUAUCUUUUUUAAUUGAGAGACAGAUUUGUCCAAGAUUUCCUUAAAACAAGUCAUUUUUAUUUAGUAAAAAGAAUGAG